CAUGAAGGGAUUUUACCCUGGAGCUUGUUUUUAGAACUGAUCUAAGUGCAGUCUUUGUGUGAGAGAGCUGUUAUUUUUCAAGAUCUUGUGUCUGAGGUUGCUGACACAGCUCCACCAAAUUGAGGUCAAAUGAUUCUUCUUUUUCUUGAAUCACGCUUGCUGUGAAAUUUGUGAUGUGGAACUUCUGUUUGAUCUCAUACAUGUCUGCAUGAUGACACAUCAGUUACUGUUUUCACUUGAAUUUAUCACACCUAAGGAUCUUUUAAACAUAUCGCAAUUCUGGUAAUCAACGUAUGACACCAAACUUCUCAGAACUGUCUUGUAUGUUUGCUUUGAAGUUAGCCAAAACAUCAGAGCCUUGAAGAAGAAGUGGGAGCUUAGGUGUGCUCUGGCCAUACUCAAUAAUAAGCUGUUUGUGUGUAAGGCACUGAUUCCAGUAUGUUAUUGUUCAUGAGCUCAAGGAUGUCUGGUGUAGGGUACACAGAGUCCCUGAAGCACCCAGAGGAGAACCCAUAACUUAACGGAUGAGAAGGAGAACGAGGAGCAUUUUCUCAUCUUUCUGUUGUGUCAUCCACACCUUAAACCAUGCCAAGACUGCUCAGCUGUCUCUGCUGGAUUUCUCUCUUUGUCCAUCUGCAUGGAUCUACAUUGUCUACUUUUAACAUUUCAACCCAGAUCCAGCUUCCAAAUGUGACUCAAGAUGAGGAGGACAAAGGCUGGGAUUCACCAUUUCUUCAGCUGAGAGCCAGUCUACCAUCUUACUCGCAGCCAGUCCGCCCAUACACCCUGCUGACAAACACCGAAGACUACCACUACAUGCCCAAACCCAGACAUCGCCGACCUUCUCGCCUCCUGCGUCUUCUGGGGUCCUCUUUUGACCCGUUUUGGAUGUCCAUAGAGCAGCCGGCUGAAGCCACUGGGGUUCAUGGUGAUGGUCAACCUUUGCCUGCAAAAUUACCCAACUACACCACUGCCAGGAAGAAGUUCAACCUGAGCGCCUCUCCAGAUCUGAGAGAGGCUGCAGAGACCCAUCACCAGAAGCUGGUAAAGGAAGUGGCAGAUCUGGACCUCAGUCCUCUGCCCUCACAUGCUGCAAGUUCAGUCAGAGACUGGUUAGUGCGCUCUGCCACUUGCGGCUUAAGCUACCAAUGGGUGGAUCAGGGUCCUGCUUUCUGGCCACGUUGGCUCCGGCAGACAGACUGUGAAAGAUCGGGUGGAGUGGGAAGUUGCUCCUUUCCUGUUGGGAUGGAGUGUGUGCGAGCUCAGACAAGUCACAUAAGGAUUCUGGCUUGGCACUGCUUGGGAAUCGGAGAGGGAAGCGAUGGGUCUAGAAGGAUUAAAGCUGACAGGUUUGAUGGCAGCACUGAGAUGGGGACAGGUGACGCCAUGAAAAGAUGUUUAUGGAGGCAAGUGCCUUAUCCUGUGGUCACAGCAUGUACAUGUUCAUGUCAAUGAAUGUUUUUCUCACUAGAGCCAAAGAUUGUCAAUCCUAAUCUUCAGAGGGUUUUCUUUAAUAUGCAUAUGUAUUUCUGUCACUGAGUUGUUAUUGAUAAAAUCAACUGACUGAUUUUCCUAAUCACAGCUGCUUUUAAUCUCUCAGUAAAACACUGCAUGUACUUUAUAGGCUUAAAGCAGAAUUAAAUCAAAAUAUUUUCUAUUGAUAAAUUCUCCUGGUGAAUUAUUUAUCCGUCAGUUUAAUGGGAAAUGUUUUUGCAUCUGCAUGGCGUCUUUCUAGACUUCCAAUGACUCAAGGCGCUUUUACACUACAUUCAUGCCACAUUCACCCAUUCACACUCACGUUCAUACACUGGUGGCUGAGGCUGCCAUACAAGGUGCUGCCUCACACACCUGCAGCAGUAGGCAGUAGGCAGGUUCAGUAUCUUGCCAAAGAAUACUUCAGCAUGCCAGACUGGAGGAGCCAGUCUUGAUCUUAGUAAAAAAACACCUGCUCUACCUUCUGGGGCACAGUCACCCCAGAACAACCAGAUCGUUGACACUCAAACCACAGUCCAUUGUUGCUUUAUGAAAGCUGCUGCAAAGUGA